AUGUCUCCAAAUUCCAACACCAGCGUAGAUAUCACCUAACUAACUAAUGUAUUGUAACACUUUUAUCAAUAGUUACAUAUGUAGAUAUUAAAAAUGGUUGAAAACAACAGCAAGGAUACGGAUAUUAUGAAAAUUAUGGAUACCAUCAAAAUAUUAUCAAAAGGCCUUGAAAAGGCAUCUUAAAGUGAGUUGGAAUUGGGUUAUAAAGAUCGUUAAUUAUAGAAGGCUCAAUAAUUAUAUAGUGAUUUGGAAUAGAAAUUUUAAGUAUUGAAAACUAAAUAUGAUGACUUGGAGGGUUAAAAUAAGAAUCUUAAGACCAAAAUUGAUGAAUUGAUGCAUCAAAAUCAAUUAAAUUAUCAUUAAUAUUAAUUACAAACUAAGUUAAGUGGUGAUUUAAAUCAUAAAGUAACUAAUUUAGAAUAAAGGUUAGAAAUCAUAUUAGAAAGUGAUUUCCCUAAUGAAUCUGUUAAUAUUAGAAAAACACUAACUGACUUAGUAAAAGAAUGUGAAAGAUAAAAAAGAGAACUAUAAUUAAAGAAUUAAGAAAUCUCUCGACUAACUGAACAAUAUAAAUCAUCUCAACAACGAAUCAGUAAACUAAAUUAAAAACUCGAAUUAAUGAAAAAAAAAAUCUCAAUUAGAGAACUUGAAAAUUUGGCUUUGGAUAGAGCUGAAUGGAUUCAAUAAGAUGACAAAUAAAAUGAUCCAACUCAGAUUUUAAUUCGAUAUUAAGCUUGUGAUAAUUUAGAUUUCAGAAUCAAUGCUCUUAAAUUAGAAUUUGCAGAUAUCAUGAAUGAUAUCUAAGAAUAAGGAACUACUGUGUUUACUUAAAAGGUGAUGUAAUCAACUUAGAAAUAAAUCAAAGAAUCCAUUCAAUUAGUAACUUCAUAAUAUUUGUCAUUUAAAGACUUUUCUGAGAAGCUUAAUAUGAUGCUUAAAUAACUGAUUUCCCUCUAAUUGAUUGAAUCUCUUUAAGAGUAGAUGCAGUUCAUUGAAUAUAAUUUUAAACAUGUCUUUAUGUGUUAAAAUACAAGGUUGUGGAUUUUGGAUGCUUAAAUGGGAAUCCUUUACUCAAGCAAUAAUUAACGAGUCUUAAUUAAUAAGGGAUCUUUCAGUGAAGUGUUGCGAUUCUAAAAGCCUUUACACAAACGAGAUUAUAACCUUUUAUGUGACAAUACCAAUCAUGUUGCCAUGUAUACAAAUCAAAGUCUCCUUUAUCCAAUCUUCAACCAGAAUCAAAUAUUAUCAGGUAUCUUAGAAAUAAGCAAUUCUGUAAGUGAUUACUUUUCUUUUGAUGAAGAGUAUUAUGGUGUAAUUUUGGCUAAGUUCUGCGAAUAAUUGAUUAAAACUUAAAUAAAAACCAGGUUGUUGUCAGUUACACUAAAGUUCGAUUCUAUGGUUUAAAAUGCCUUUCAUGAUUUUCUUGUAAGUAAAACUCAGUUUGAAUUGUAUAAACAUAUACGUUAUUGGAUGGAGACAAUUUUAACUGUUUCAAUGAUAGCCUUUUAUUUUGUUAAGAAUGAGUCAUUUAUUACUUAUAAAACCAUUGGAACUAGCUGGGAUGGUAUGACUCAUAAAAAUGCAGUUACCUAGGGUAGAGUUUUAGAUCAACCAAUUAUUUUAAGUAAAAAAGGCAUUGCAAAACAAGUUUGUGAUCGUAAGAAAGAAUUAAUAGUAAUGAACAUGAGAAAAUCAAUAGAGUUCGAUGAAACCAUAGAUUUGGAUUCGAUCUUGCCAGUUCUAAUCCAUCCAAUUAUUUAUGAUAAUCAAGUGAUUGCUGUAUUUGAAGUUCCAAUUAAACAAAGAAAUCUUCUAAAGUAGGAGAAGGAUAAAAUUAUGCUUGGCAGUUCAACCAUAGUUGGAUUGGAUCAAAGUUUUGAAAUGAUGGCUGCGAAAUUAGGAACUACUAUUAUGAAUGCAAUUAAUAUUUUAAAGCUGUAAUGA